CCACGUGUCGGUUUAUGCUUUAUCGUAGUUGAUAAUCCUCCAUUGCCUGCGAAUUUGUGCGCGCGCUCAAGCCUCAAGCAGCAGCUCUACCAGUCCAUUCCCAUGGAGCUUGGGAUUCUCCCCGGAGCCGGAGGUCAUAUGUCGUCCUUCUCGUGGAAUUCUAUUUGCAAAUGGAAGAAUCUUGUUUUCGACCCAAGCAGGAAGACAAUAAAACAAAGAUGUGUUCUGAAGCGUGACAGACAUAACACAAAUAGUUUGGUAUCUUGUUUGACUACUGGGGAUGGAGAUACAUUCAUACCUUCCGAUACCCAUCUGAAUGCAGCAAAGAUUAUAUAUUCCAUAGCUCCUGCUAUGGGCCAUAACCAGGAAGCGCAUCCAGAAUCACAUUUAAGGGUUCCUGCUAUAGUUAAGGCUCUUGAAAAAAUGGAACUCACUCCAAAGUUUCGUGGAGCAGAAAUCAUUCAGCUGCAAAAUUUCAGGCCUGCUUCAGUGGAUGAUAUAGCAAGUGUUCACACAACUUCUUAUGUUUCAGGGCUUGAGAAGGCUAUGGAACGGGCUUCAGAGCAAGGGAUCAUUUUUAUUGAAGGGUCUGGACCAACUUAUGCUACUGCCUCUACGUUUCAGGAAUCUCUCAUUGCAGCUGGAGCAGGGAUUUCCCUAGUAGAUUCAGUGGUAGCAGCGUCAAAGAUUAGUAGGGACCCUCCUACUGGUUUUGCUCUCAUAAGACCUCCAGGGCAUCAUGCCGUACCAAAGGGACCUAUGGGAUUCUGCGUUUUUGGAAACGUGGCGAUUGCUGCUCGAUACGCCCAACGACAACACGGGUUGAAUCGCGUUUUCAUCAUUGACUUUGAUGUUCACCAUGGAAAUGGAACAAACGAUGCAUUCUAUGACGACCCUAAUAUAUUCUUUCUUUCAACUCAUCAAGAUGGAAGUUACCCUGGAACUGGUAAAUUCAAUGAGAUAGGUCAUGGAGCUGGAGAAGGAACAACCCUAAAUUUACCUUUACCCGGUGGAUCUGGCGAUAUAGCAAUGAGGAGAGUGUUCGAUGAAGUGAUUGCUCCGUCUGCUCAGAGAUUCAAGCCCGACAUAAUUCUUGUCUCGGCAGGAUAUGAUGCACAUGUGUUGGACCCCCUUGCCAGUAUGCAAUUCACAACUGGAACUUAUUACAAUCUUGCUUCAAACAUCAAGCAGAUCGCAAAAGAACUAUGUGGUGGUCGGUGUGUGUUUUUCUUGGAGGGCGGUUACAAUCUCGAUUCCCUGUCUGCGUCGGUUUCUGAUACGUUCUUAGCUUUCCUUGGUGAACCGAGUAUGGCUUCUGCAUUUGACAACCCAUCUAUCUUAUAUGAAGAACCCUCGGCCAGAGUAAAGCAAGCCAUUCAAAGAAUCAAGACCUUGCAUUCUCUGUAAAACCGUAAGUCACAUCUGUUCCAACUCACAUUGCCUCUUAUUAAUAAUAUAGAUAUCAUUCCAUCACCAUUGGGGAUCACAAUUAUAAGAAGCAGAAGGAAACUCAUGUAGUAUUCCAAAUGUAUACUUUAUAUAUUAUUAUUACAUUUGAUCAUAUCAAUUAAUUUUAACUUACAUCAUCA